AUGGCGGGGCGGCGGCGGCUGCUGCUGCUGCGCUGCCUCCUGCUGGGGCUGCUGGGCGGCGGCGGCGGGCAGCGCGGCGGCGGGGAGUACUGCCACGGCUGGGUGGACGGGCAGGGCGGCUACCACGACGGCUUCCAGUGCCCCGAGGGCUUCGACACCGCGGCCGCCACCAUCUGCUGCGGCUCCUGCGCGCUGCGCUACUGCUGCGCGGCCGCCGAGGCGCGGCUGGAGCAGGGCGGCUGCACCAACCACCGGGAGCCCCCGGAGCCGACAGUCAGCGCCCAACCCAUCUAUGUCCCGUUCCUCAUCGUCGGAUCAAUAUUUAUCGCCUUCAUCAUCGUGGGCUCCCUGGUGGCUGUUUACUGCUGCACGUGCCUCAGGCCCAAGCAGCCAUCCCAGCCCAUCCGCUUCUCCCUCCGGAGCUACCAGACCGAGACUCUGCCCAUGAUCCUGCCCUCGUCCAGCUGCCGGGCCCCGUCCCGGCCGUCCAGCACGGCCACCAGCUCCAGCUCGGCCAGCGGCUCCCUGCGCCGCUUCUCCCUGGCCCGCACAGAGCCGGGCUGCUUGCUGCCGUCGCCACCACCCCCGUACUCGGCCGGCUGCUUUCCCGCAGCCCACACCGCGCACCUGGGGUCACCGCCGGGCUUCCUGCAGGCACCGCCGUACCUGGGCUACCCCGAGCCGGCCCUGGGCGGGAAGGGCUGCGCCGACCUUGCGCAGAGCUGAGCAGAGCAUCACGGCCUUCGGCAGCGCGAGGACUGACUGCGGUGCUUGGUGCUCCGCCGUGGUGGAGUCAGACCCGUGGGUGAGUUGCCAUUGAGAAGCGCAAGGCUUCAGAGCAGUCCUGGGUGCUUCCCCCAGCUUGGAUUACAGCUACAGAUGUUUUGUAAAGUAUUCCAAUCUUAGUUGCUGUUAUAACCAACCGCUCCAAUGGUUUGGUCUGAUUUGUGCUGAACACACCGAGAUACAAAUAGAAAACUGUUUUGGGAUGAAGUUAGUCAGUUCAAGGUGCUGUAAGCGAUGUGUUAACCAUAAAAGAUAUUAACUUUGCUAACAAGCAGUGGCCGCGCUCCACGGAUCCAGGAACCGGCAGAGUUCUAUCCAGUGGCAAUAAGAAGUAACAGAGGUAACAGUACUAAACCAGAGCUCUGCGGACCCUAACCCAGCUGCCUGCUUCCACAGGCAAUACGAGGAGGUAUGUACUAUGGAUAUUGAAGGCCAUGGUUUCUAAACAUACAGAUAAAUACCUGAACUUACACUGCAUAUUUGUAUUGGUGAACUUAACUAAAAUAGAUAAAAUAGCAUGAAUUAGGCUAGCUGAAAACAUACUGGUCCCGAGCAGCCAAAUAAUCCUAUGCUAGAAGAGCAGAACAUGUUUGCUAAUAUUCCGCAUAACUCCUUGGCAUGGAAUCCCAAAGCUGGUGCUGCACUGAGGCGUUUUUUCGAGGAACGUAUUUAUUGAUGGCUUUUUGCUCAGUGCCGCGUGUACGUUGGGCGAACUGAUCCUGAAGUUCUGUUUGUGAAAUUAGCCGUGUAUAAAUGUAAACCUUGUAAUUUAAGAUGUAUUUACAGCAUUGACAGCACUAAUUAUUUAGUAGUCAUGCCAACAGUUUAUCAAUAAAAGGUGG